CAAGGAAAGGAGGGAACGCUUCAUCAGGAGGCUGGAGGUCCACCCCGCCAUCUGCAGACUGAACUUGUUCCUCCGUAUGAUGUGGUCCCUUCUAUGCGGCCGGUGGUGUUGGUGGGGCCUUCGCUGAAAGGCUAUGAGGUAACAGACAUGAUGCAGAAAGCCUUGUUUGACUUCCUAAAGCACAGAUUUGAUGGCAGGAUCUCUAUUACACGGGUGACAGCUGAUCUAUCACUGGCGAAGCGCUCGUUGCUGAACAAGAAGGCCAUAAUGGAGAGAUCCAACACUCGCUCCAGUCUGGCGGAGGUCCAGAGUGAGAUAGAGAGGAUCUUUGAGCUGGCCAAGUCUCUUCAGCUGGUCGUCCUGGAUGCAGACACCAUAAAUCACCCAGCACAGCUCCUCAAAACUUCUCUAGCUCCCAUCAUUGUCUACGUCAAAGUCUCCUCGCCCAAAGUCCUUCAGAGGCUGAUCAAAUCUCGAGGGAAGUCACAAAGCAAACACCUCAACGUUCAGAUGAUGGCAGGGGACAAGCUUGCACAGUGUCCACCUGAGAUGUUUGAUGUCAUCCUGGAUGAGAAUCAGCUGGAGGAUGCCUGUGAACAUCUUGCAGAGUACCUGGACAUUUACUGGCGUGCUACUCAUCUCCCCUGUGCUGCCCCUGUUAACCCCUUACUGGACCAAAGUGUGAUCACCCCACCCUCAGCUAACUCCAGUCAACAAUUUUCUGAGACUCAAGAGUUGAUAGAAUGAUCACUACCACAGACAUAGGAAGCCUGUGCUGUCGGCCGGAGUCGGACUAGGAGGUCAUAGAGCACAGGGACCAGGGCGCCACCAGGGGGCAGCAGCAGCCCUCAUCCCUCCAAAGCCAGCCAGCACCUUCUUUGGCCACACCUGGGGCGAAGAAGAGAACAAGAGCAAAGUACCUCAAGAGAGAGAG